GUUCGACUUGCUCUUCGUCGAGUCUUUACCACCACCUUAGCUAUCUUUUUGGGUUCUUACCAUUGACCAUGUCGAAUCAGAACGAGCCGUUCUAUCUCCGUUACUACUCAGGUCACUCUGGGCGGUUCGGACAUGAAUUCCUGGAGUUCGACUUCCGCACUCUAGGCGAUGGCCGUAGCGCCGCCGUCCGAUACGCGAACAACUCCAACUACCGCAAUGACUCUCUGAUCCGCAAGGAGAUGUGCGUGAGUGCGGCGAUGAUCCAGGAGGUCAAGCGCAUCAUCAAGGAUAGUGAGAUCAUAAAGGAGGAUGAUUCCAAAUGGCCGCAGAAGAACAAGGAUGGACGACAGGAGCUGGAAAUCCGAAUUGGGAAUGAACAUAUUUCUUUCGAGACCGCGAAAAUCGGCUCGUUGGUGGAUGUGACCGAAUCGUCAGAUCCUGAAGGUCUGCGAGUGUUCUAUUAUCUCGUGCAAGACCUGAAGGCUCUCAUUUUCUCACUCAUUUCUCUCCAUUUCAAGAUCAAACCUAUCUAAUCACCUGGACGAGGGCUGAAACUGGCUGAGACAAAAACCGGGCGUUUGAAGAGGUGGGCGAGGUCUCAAAUUAUGGGCGACCGAGUCGCAAAGCGGUGAUGACGCAAUGCUAGAUUGACUACGUACGGAGCAGACAUCAAUACCCAUUUUAUUGUACGGAAGUGCAUACAUAUGUCAGUAGACUACUACCACGUAAGAGGGG